UUCCAACGACGCGUCCCUGUGAGUGCGCAUGCGCAGUGUCACAUCCACAGUGGACAUCUUGGAUUUAAAGCGGUCUGAACGAAUCCGGACAAAAGCAACGAUUUCAGCCGCUGCUCUGCCGGAUCAUGUCUGCGAUCCUGUACCCUCGAGAUGAGAAGCUGGAGAAGCUGUCGCAGGAGGAGAUCAUCUCCAACACCAAGCUGGUGAUCCAGGGCCUGGAGGCGCUCAAGAACGAGCACAACUCAAUCCUGCACAGCCUCCUGGAGACCAUCAAGUGCCUGAAGAAGGACGAGGAGGCCAACGUGGUGCACGAGAAGUCCAGCCUGCUGCGCAAGUCUGUGGAGAUGAUCGAGCUGGGGCUGGGAGAGGCUCAGGUGAUGAUGGCUCUGUCGAACCACCUGACGGCGGUGGAGUCGGAGAAGCAGAAGCUGCGAGCGCAGGUGCGUCGGCUCUGCCAGGAGAACCAGUGGCUGCGGGACGAGCUGGCCAACACCCAGCAGAAGCUGCAGAAGAGCGAGCAGAGCGUGGCCCAGCUGGAGGAGGAGAAGAAGCACCUGGAGUUCAUGAACCAGCUCAAGAAGUACGACGAGGACGUGUCCCCUUCGGAGGAGAAGGACGGCGAGCCGCCCAAGGACUCUCUGGACGACCUCUUCCCCAACGACGAGGAGGAACACACUCAAGGCAGUCAGCACCAGCACAACAGCUCCGCAGUGGCAGCCGCGCAGCAGGGCGGGUACGAGAUCCCGGCGCGGCUCCGGACCCUCCAUAACCUGGUGAUCCAGUACGCGUCCCAGGGCCGCUACGAGGUGGCGGUGCCGCUCUGCAAACAGGCUCUGGAGGACCUGGAGAAAACCUCGGGACACGACCACCCCGACGUGGCCACCAUGCUCAACAUCCUGGCGCUGGUGUACAGGGAUCAGAAUAAGUAUAAAGAGGCGGCGCACCUGCUGAACGACGCGCUCUCCAUCCGAGAGAAGACCCUGGGCAAAGACCAUCCCGCCGUCGCAGCCACUCUGAAUAAUCUGGCUGUGCUGUACGGGAAGAGAGGCAAGUAUAAGGAGGCGGAGCCGCUGUGUAAACGAGCGCUGGAGAUCCGAGAGAAGGUGUUGGGGAAGGAUCACCCUGACGUGGCGAAGCAGCUGAAUAACCUGGCGCUGCUGUGUCAGAACCAGGGCAAGUAUGAGGAGGUGGAGUAUUAUUACUGCCGGGCUCUGGAGAUCUACGAGUGCCGGCUCGGGCCCGACGACCCCAACGUGGCCAAGACCAAGAACAACCUGGCGUCCUGCUUCCUCAAACAGGGCAAAUAUAAAGAAGCCGAGGUUCUGUAUAAAGAGAUUCUGACCCGCGCUCACGAGAAGGAGUUCGGAUCAGUGGACGCUGAAAACAAGCCUAUCUGGAUGCACGCGGAGGAGAGAGAGAUGAGCAAGGGGAAGCACAGAGACAACACGCCGUACGGAGAAUACGGAGGCUGGUACAAAGCCUGUAGAGUCAACAGUCCGACGGUGAACACGACGCUGAGGAACCUGGGAGCGCUCUACCGGAGACAGGGCAAGAUGGAUGCGGCCGAGACCCUGGAGGACUGUGCCAUGAGGUCACGCAAACAGGGCCUGGACCCGGUGCAUCAGUCGCGUGUGUCGGAGCUCCUGAAGGAGGGUGAGCGCCGCAGAGAGUGUGUGUCCAGUGUGAAGUACGAGAGCGGCUCCGAGGCGGGCGAUGAAGUGAGUAUGGCAGUGGAGUGGAGCGGGGCCGUGCGCGUGAGACUGUGGAUGUGAAGAUGAUGUUCAUGCCCAGAAUAAAUCGAUCUUGCAUUCUCAGAUUGUUUGUGUCUCAUGACGAUCUCACACACUCAUUAGUGUUGACGUGACGCUCGGCGUGUGUGUGUGUGUGUGUGUGUGUGCAUGAGACCUGCAUGAGUCUGUGCGCUCAACAUCACUUCCUGUUACUAACCUGCAACGUCAUUGCAAUUGUUGCCAUGACAACCAAUCAGCCAAUCAGGGGCCGCCUUUCCCAACAGCGUCGCUAGUCACUAGCUAGCGGUUUCGGCUCUACUCACGAGGCUUCUGGGAAACGCAACCGUGAUCAGUGUUCCCGACACAGUGGAUUGUGCUCUUCCCUUCUCCGGUCCUCCAUCACAGCCAGAGACACUCAGUGACAUCAUCAGCAGUGUGUUCAUGUGUCUGAGUCUCUUCUGCUCAUCGCUCUGAAAUACAGUAAAACAGUGAGAUAUCACUCCAGUGUACAUCUGUGGGAAUAUCCAGGAAAGCUGAGUUUAUCAUCAUCACUGUCACAUGACCUCUAAUACGAGGAUCUGAUGAUCAACACACAGUUAUGAUUAUUAUCAGUGUUUCAUAUUUCUGUGGAAACAGUGAUGCGUUUUAUUUCUUUAAUGAAUAUAAAGUUGUAAAGAACAGAUUUACCUGAAACAGAAUCUUUUGUAGCAUUAUUAAUGUCAGUUUGGAUCAGUUUAAUGUGUGCUUGAUUAAUAAAGUGUUGAUGUAACUGACACUGAAUGGCACUGUAUCCUCUUCAUAAUAUUUCACUGUUUUACUGUAUUUUUGAUCAAUUAAACAGAGUUUGGAGAGCAGGAGACACUCAGAAACAUUUAAAACCAUAGUCGUUUCAGACUUUUGAGAGCCAGUGUAAAUAUAAACACUUCACACACACACACACACACACACACACUCUCUCACUCACACACACACACACUC